AUGAUGGGUGCUCACGCAGCAGCAGCUGCCCAGCGCAUGCUGGGACAGAUGGCAGGGCACAGGGGGGAGGGGGGCGACGGUGCAGAGGCUGUGAUUGAUGCUGGAAGAGGGGAUGCUUAUAACGGGGAUGCGUUCAGAGAGUCGGAGAUGACCGGUGGGGAUGCGUUGGAGGCGAUGGCUCGUCCACCCAGGCCUGAAAACCCAUUCUUCACCCCACAGAACCGCUGUUGCUCACAGUGCUCCCAGCCCCCACGCCUUCCACUGGCACAAGGGUUGAUGCCCCAGCAGUACCUUGCCCCUUUGUUUCACACUGCUCCCUGGCCCUUUCCCACCUCCAUCAUCCAUCGCCUAUCCUCAUCCCUUCCCCCCAUUUCCUUCCUCCAUCCCCUCCCGUCAUCCCCUUCCCCCAUCCCCUCCGCCAUCUCAAUGCCCCGGCCCCUUUCUCCAUCCCUUCCUCUCAUCCCUCGCCCCAACCCCUCCCUUGGCCCAACCCCUCCCCCCAUCCCUCGCCCCAUUCCCCCCCUCAUCCCUCGCCCCAUUCCCCCCCUCAUCCCUCGCCCCAUUCCCCCCCUCAUCCCUCGCCCCAUUCCCCCCCUCAUCCCUCGCCUCAUCCCCCCCCCAUCCCUUCCUUUGGCCCCUCCCCUCAGACUGGGCCUGGGCGCUCGCUUUGUCUCGCACAGCCAAGCCAUGGGCGCUGGGGGCACUGGGGGAGGAGGAAGGGGAGGGGGAGGGGGAAGAGGAUGGGGAGGCAGGGGGGGAGGAGGGGGAGGGGGAGGGUGGGGGGAGGGAGUGGCACAGUCAGCUGCACGGACUGCUGCUGCUGUGGAGGAGAGAUUGGGGGCUAGGUUGGCUGGGAGGGGGAAGUGGGGGGUUAGGGGGAGAAGGGAGGAGGAGGAGAUAGUGGGAGGAGUGGGAGAUGGGGAUGGGAGUGACGAUGGCGGGGAGGAGGAGAGCCGGGCAGGGCGGUUUGGGAGGAGGGGCAGCACAGGCAGUAGUGUGGAGGCAGCUGUUGGGAAGAAGCGUAAGAGCAAAGGGUAG